GUGUCCGUUCAUAUUAAACGGGAACGCUGUCUGGUUGAGAAGCGAAAGAAGCAAAAUAUUUCUUGUAAAACUCACCAAUUUUCAUUUCAUCACUCUGUAAAUCCUUGCUUGCAGCUUCCUCUCCAACGCAAACAAGAACAAUGGCAAAGAAAACCGAUGAUUUCAGCGUCCAAAUUUCGGAUGCUACGCCUCCAGCAGAUGAUUCGGAGCCAACUGACCAGAAAAAGCAAUUGCUUGACUCACCAUUACCCAACAAGGAGGAGGAAACCCAAAAGAAACGUAUGAAGUCAUGGGAAAAGAUCCUCAUCUCCGUCGAGACAACUGCAUUUGUGUGCGUUAUGGGGCUUUUGAUUGCCAGCUUGACGGCAGAUAGAUUGCAGAACUCCAUGAUUUGGGGUUUUAAAAUAUGGAAAUGGUGUUUGCUAAUAUUGGCUAUUGUCUGCGGUAGAUUGGCUGGUUUCCUGAUCACAAACUUUCUUAUGGCCUUGAUUUGGAAGUUUUGGCUUGAUGAGAAAGUUAUUUACUUUGCUCAUGGAGUGAAGAAGAGUGUUUUGUUUAUUAUUUGGUUAGGUUUUGUUACUCUAGCUUGGGGCUUGCUCUUUAAUCAUGGGGACAAGAGAAAGGUGACCAGAGGUCUCGCAGGUUGUCUCAUUGGAUCUGCACUAUGGCUUCUGAAAACUUUACUGCUUAAGUUAGUAGGUUCCGCCCAUGCCAAAAAAUUGUUUUCCAGGAUUAAAGAGGCAAUACGUAAUCGGAAGGUUCUAAGAGCUCUGUCAGAAAUGGAGAUGAAGAACACUAAUUCCGGGAAACAGAGAGAAGAAAAAGUUUCUGGCGAGACCAUGAGAGAAAUAAUGGAUGCGAUUCGUGGAAAGAGGCUUGUUCCUCUUUCAUAUGUCUGCUUUGAUGUUGAUGAAGUCAAACCUACAGUUAAAAAGAUAAGUGAUGAGGCAGGAGCAAGGAUUGCUUCUGAUGAGAUUUUCACCAGACUUGCAGGGCCAAAUAAGAAAGAUGGGUUCAUGGAUCUCAAAACGCUAUUGUAUUAUGUGGAUGAUGAGAAAGUGAUUCAGCAUUUUGAAGGGGUAGCCGAAGAUAAACAGCACAUCGCAGGAGCUGAACAGAACAUUACAGAACAAGACAAACAGAUCAAGAAAUCAGUUUUCAGGAACUGGGUGGUUGACGUGUACAAGGAUCAAGACUCACUGAAAAGCACCUUACAACACAGCAAAACAGCUAUUGACGAUUUGAACACGAUUGUUUCUGUGAUCAUACUGUUUAUAAUUGCAGUUGUGUGGUUGCUUUUCGUGGAGGUUUUAUCCACCAAAUUACUGGUUUUCGUUUCUUCUCAACUACUGCUAGUGGUUUUCAUGUUCGGUAACACUGCGAAGAAUGUUUUCGAAGCUGUAAUCUUUGUGUUUGCGGUUCAUGCCUUUGAUGUUGGCGAUCGUUGUGCCAUUGAUGGCGUACAGAUGGUCGUAGAUGAGAUGAACAUAUUGACAACAACUUUUCUGAAAAAUGAUGGGGAGAAGAUAUACUAUCCAAAUUCAGUUUUAGCUUUGAAGCCAAUCGGCAAUCUUUACAGAAGCCCACCAAUGAGUGAUUCUUUGGAGUUUGCUAUCAGUCUUCGUACACCAAUGCAGAUUAUCAAUGAUCUGCAAGACAAAAUAACAAAGUAUUUGGAGAGAAAUCCGAGAAAGUGGCGAGCUGAACACAGUGUACAGUUCAAGGAGAUUGAGGAUGUGAAUAAGAUGAAGGUAGCUUUAUAUGUUAAUCAUACAGUAAACUUUCACUAUAUUGCAAAGAGGUCCAAGAGAAGAUCAGAGUUAGUGUUGGAGAUGAAGAAAAUUUUUGAAGAGCUUAAGAUUGAAUAUAAUCUUCUGCCUCAACAAGUUAAUUUGAGCUAUGCUGGGUCUGCAGCACCAGCACUUCCAUUGGCAUUUCCUGUGAAGGGAUCUUAAGAUGGAAGAAGAACUCCAAAUGCUCAUUUGCAGCACAAGCGUAUUUGCAAUGACAUGUCUCAUUUUCAGUUUUUGAAAUCAUCUAGGCCGUCGACUAUGUUUUCUGGUGUGUACUUAGUACUGGGUAUAUGAAAGAGCAUUUGUGAAGGUGACGAAGUUUUAAUAUAAAAUAUAAAAAAUUAUUAUUUCGUUCCU